CGGACGAUUAUGCUAUUUUUUCCACCUUUGCUGAAAAUUAUUGAAGUUAUUUUAUCCGCAAUUCUAAGGCAUUUUCCAAUCUUCAAGCAGCGGCUAAUUCAUAGGAUUCAUGUACUGAAGACUUAUUGUGGUUAGGACAGAGAACCAGAUCCUUAGUCUAUUAUCAAAGACUGAAUUUCUUUAAUGAAGAUCUUUAGGAAAGAAUAUACUUUUUUGCAUGACACAAACGGGGUGGGGAAGGGGGGAGCCGUAAGGCCUUUUGCUCCCCCCCCCCCUGCGCAGGCCCUGGUCUUAUAUCAAAGUUUCUUUUAUAUUCAGGGUAUGAAUCCAUUGGAUGCUACAGGGAUACCGGAAACCGAGCAAUCCUACCCUUGGAAGGAAAGGAUUCUAUUUUGGAUGGGGCAUAUUGGACUCGAAAGAACCCCAUUGCAAAGUGUGCCGCGGCUGCAAUGAGAAGAGGCUACAGCAUGUUUGCAGUUCAACAUGGUGGCUGGUGUGCAGCCAGUGCUACAGCAGGGAAGACGUUCAACAAGUAUGGAAAGGCUACAGCUUGUGGAUCCGAUGGCGAAGGCGGACCAUGGGCUAAUCAAGUUUAUGUUAUCAAAGGUUAGUGUGUUAGUGUGUGCAGACUUUACUGUUAUGGUAAACUAUGAAAAGGAAUUUAUUCACAAAAGUUUCAACAAAAAACGUCAAGUAAUCCUCAGUCACUCCUUCAAGAGAUAUCAGCUUUGAUAUUUUAACUUUGAUUAAAUUUUAGCAUCUAUUGGAUGUUACAAGGACACCUUAAACCGAGCAAUCCAGCCCAUGGAAGGAAAGGAUCCUAUUUUGGAUGGAGCAUAUUGGACUCGAAAGAACCCCAUUGAAAAGUGCGCCGUGGCUGCAUCUAGAGCUGGUUACAGCAUGUUUGCAGUUCAGCAUGGUGGCUGGUGUGCAGCCAGUGCUACAGCACCAGAGACCUUUGACAAGUAUGGAAAGUCUAAAGCUUGCGGCUCUGAUGGCGAAGGUGGACCUUGGGCGAAUCAAGUUUAUUGUAUGGCUAAUUGCUGAUCUGUUACUGGCCCUAGAUGAGUUGUUUGGCACGAGAGUGUACACCUCUCCGUAGCUGAAAUAAAUAGAAUAAGGGCUACACGGGACAGCCGAAACAGUGGUUGCUCCACUGUUUAACGUAGGUCAGCUUAUAGUAGCAUAGAGCUGAUGUGGAGAAAUGUAAGCUUUAGGAGUUUGUUU